UGGCAGGGGGUUGGAUCUAGAGGAUCUUUAAGGUCCCUUCCAAACCAUUCCAUGAUUCUGUGAUAUAACCUCACUGUGUUCUUCUGCAGUGCCUUUGGAUGCUGGCAUUUCUUUUGGGCUGAGUCUCCUCCACCUGUUUGUGUGACAAACUUGCUGUAGAAAAGCUCCCUGACUGUCCCCUGUGCAAGAGGAUGGAGUAACCCUUUGGGGUGCUGAGUAUCCUUAAUCCCUGAGAGCUUCUUGGCUAAAUCCACCCUGGCACACAGGCAGAGGAAGGAUGGCAGCUCGGCGUGCUCUGAAAGCUGUCUUGGUGGAUCUCAAUGGCACACUUCACAUCGAAGACUCAGCUGUGCCAGGCGCCCAGGAAGCUCUUAAAAGGCUGCGCCGCGCUCCUGUCACCAUUCGGUUUGUGACAAACACAACAAAGGAGUGCAAGAGAGACCUGCUGGAGAGGCUGACCAGCCUGGGAUUUGACAUUGCAGAGAAUGAGAUCUUCACCUCUCUGACAGCAGCCAGAAAUCUUCUGGAGCAAAAGCAGAUGAGGCCUCUACUCCUGGUGGAUGAGAAGGCCCUGCCUGAUUUCACAGGGAUAGCCACUGAGGAACCCAACGCGGUGGUGGUUGGACUGGCUCCUGAGCACUUUCACUACGAGAUGAUGAACAGAGCAUUUCGGUUGAUUUUGGAUGGUGCUCCUCUUAUAGCUAUACAUAAAGCCAGAUAUUUCAAGAAAAAAGAUGGCUUGGCUCUGGGACCUGGACCUUUUGUAACUGGGCUGGAAUAUGCCACGGACACCAAAGCAAUGGUGGUGGGGAAGCCAGAGAAGACCUUCUUCCUGGAAGCUUUACGGGGGAUGGACUGUACCCCAGAAGAGGCUGUCAUGAUUGGUGAUGACUGCAGGGAUGAUGUUGGUGGCGCCCAGAAUGCGGGCAUGCGUGGGAUUUUGGUAAGGACUGGUAAAUACCGACCAGCAGAUGAAGGCAAAAUCAAUCCAGCUCCUUACUUAACUUGUGGGAAUUUCCCAGAGGCAGUGGAACAUAUCCUAGAGAGUCUGCUAUGAGAAAGGGAACAGGUCAGUUUGAAGAAACAUCCAUUUCACAUCAUUUCCUUUACUCUUGCUUCAGAAAUCAAGGUCACAGGAUCAGUGCACGCAUUGUAUCAGAAACCAGGCCAGGAGCUCCUUCCACUCCAGCUGGGAAAGGGCAGAGGAUCAGCAUGGGGACAGUCACAGCCCCUUUCCUCCAGUAGUUGCACAAGGAUGUGAGUAGGAAUCAUGGAUACCAGCAGGUGAGACAGAAACUUCCUGAAUGGGAGCAUGGCAAAGAGUUCUGCUUAUUGUCAGUUUUCAAGAAAUAAAAAGCCCUGCCUGGGAAGUGUCAUGUUCUUCUGCUGAAGAAGCUAAACUGAAACAAAAAACCAACACACCCCACUGGAAAUACUCAAGUAACUAAACCUGAAAGACUAACAGAGCCUUAGCCAGCCUGUAGUGAUUUCACUGAGUGUGAUUCUGCUCUGAUUUAGAGAUUAUGCAAAUUUAGGAGUGAUUUUUAAAUUAAAACAACACCAUUGUUUAAUAAUAUCUACUGCUGGUAUCUUUCCUCUCAUUAGAACAGACCCUGUUAUUUUGUAUUUCAAAUCUUACAUCAAAUUAAAACUGUCAGUGUUUUACAGAUGUUUUAAUUAGAUGUUGUUAUUAAAAAGAAUGGUACAGAUAUAAAAAUCUGGUAUUAGAUGCCUUAGAGACUGUGAAUUUUUGGAAUUGGACUUCAGCAGGUGUCCUAUUAAUGCUACAGUUGCAAAAUUUCACUAUUGUUGGGGAUUUUUUUGUUUGUUUCUUUCUAAUGCUAUGGGAGAAAUCCUCCACAAGCCAUUGGGACAGAUUCCAGUUUUUAUACAGUUGGUUGGUAGAGCAGUAAAAUUAAAUUUAAUUCUGUAGCAGGCAGUGCUUUUCAUAUGCACUAAACCCCCCAAUAUGAACCAACUUUGUAAUGAUGGUAAAUAGCUUUUCUGGUCCAUUUGUGAACUGUAAUAAUCCAAGUCCUUUACAGUUGUUUUACAGUGCUCCUGAGUCUUAAAUUGUUAGAUUGUAAUUAUACAUUCCUGGAGUAUUAACCUUAUUGAAAAUACAGCUUUGUGGUAAUGAACUGUGCUUGUUCUUGUUAAGAAAAAAGCAUAAUGACAAAUGACUGGGAAGCUCUGCUUAUGUAAAAAAUUGUCUUACCUGCAGUCUGACAUGGUGGGGGGGGGGUUACCUGCAUUCAGAUUUAACCUCUGUCCCAGACAGAAUCUGUGGAUGGACCAGACUUGGCAGUGGAAAUAAACAAUAAACCUCCCCCGGGCACAAAAGUUGUCUUUAGAUACCACAUGUGUGCCCUUCUAAAUUGUACUCCACAGUUUUGAAUAAAUUCACACAUCUGGUGUUCAUGUCAAA